AUGCAUUUCAUCUAUUUCGUCUUCCUCUUCUUCCAAUUGAGCAAUAUUCAAACUACUGCAGCACAAACGGACCAAACAGAACCCCUGGAUUUAUCAAUAUCAAAAGUGAGAGAGGUGGGGAGUAAAUCGCAAGACUUAUCAGUGGAGGGAAUGAGUGAUGAACGAAUUAAACUGCGACAACAGCUCGUUCCAAUCGAAACACUGAUGGAAGUAGUGGAACUAUCAAAGCAAAGAGAAUGCCUAAGAAAGAAACGGCUCUGUAAUGUAUGUCAGAAGGAAAUAGCAAAUAUGAAAGUACAUAUGAUAACUCAUACUGGUGAGAAGCCGUAUAGUUGUUCGAUAUGCAAAAAGAAUUUCACCCAGUUCAUUGAUAUGAAAAGACAUAUGAUGACUCAUACCGGUGAGAAGCCGUAUAGUUGUUCGAUAUGCAAAAAGAAUUUCACUCAGUUCGGGAAUAUGAAAAUGCAUAUGUUGACACAUACCGGUGAGAAGCCGUACAGUUGUCCGAUAUGCAAAAAAAAUUUUAUUCAGUCUGUACAUAUGAAAGAACAUAUGAUGACUCAUACCGGUGAGAAGCCGUACAACUGUUCGAUAUGCGGAAAAAGUUUUUUAAAAAAGUACACUUUGCGGGUUCACAUGGUAACUCAUGACAUGAAUAGACCUGUCUACCACUGCACUGUAUGCAGUAAGGGUUUCAUGAAUAAACAGAGCUUGAAAUCGCACAUGCUCAAGCAUUAG